AUGUCACGCUACGAUAUCGGCAGCGAACCACCAGCUGAGGUUAUUGCCGAAAACUACCGUGAAGUGCAGAAAUGUAUUCGGGAAGCAGCAGCCGAAGGUGCAGGCGGGGGGUCCGCUGACCGCGCUGUGAAACUUGUUGCCGUGAGUAAAACGAAAUCGCCAGCAUGCUUGCAGGCUUUGUAUGACUGUGGUCACCGUGAUUUUGGAGAAAAUUACGUGCAGGAAGUUGUGGAGAAGGCGGCGGUGCUCCCCGGUGAUAUCCACUGGCAUUUCAUUGGGCAUCUGCAAAGCAAUAAGGUGAAGGAACUCCUCUCAGGCGUCAGUGGGCUUCAAAUUGUGCAAACUGUCGACAGCGAAUCACUUGCUCAGAAACUCGAUAGCGGUUGUGUCUCGUACCGUGGUGGGCGACCGCUUGAUGUUUACGUUCAGGUAAACACCAGUGGCGAAACCACAAAGAGUGGUGUGGAGCCGGGUAGUGCAACAGUUGAACUCGCCCGCCACAUUUCAACAAAGUGCCCAAACUUACGGCUAACGGGUUUGAUGACUAUAGGUAUGCCGGACUACACGAGUAGGCCAGAGAACUUUGAAUGUCUGUUGCGAUGCCGGGAGGAGGUGGCAGCGGCACUCAACCUCGAUGCCACAACACUUGCGCUGUCCAUGGGAAUGAGUGGUGACUAUACAAAUGCCAUCCGUAUGGGAUCAACAGUUGUACGUGUGGGAACCGGUCUGUUUGGUCAGCGCUAUUAUCCACCAAAGGAUGGAGCAGCAAAGUAG